CCCUCCGUUCCUUCCUUCCUUCCUUCGCUCGAUCGCUGUCGGCUCACGGGUCGGGCCCGGCAUGGACCCUUCGUCCGCCGCGGGAGACUUGGGGGCGGCCGUCAACGACCCGCAGCUGCAGCACUUCAUUGAGGUGGAGACGCAGAAGCAGCGCUUCCAGCAGCUCGUGCACCAGAUGACGGAGCUCUGCUGGGAGAAAUGCAUGGACAAGCCUGGCCCCAAGUUGGACAGCCGCGCAGAGACCUGCUUUGUGAACUGUGUGGAGCGCUUCAUUGACACCAGUCAGUUCAUUCUCAACCGACUGGAGCAGACACAGAAAUCCAAGUCGCCCUUCUCUGAAAACCUCUCUGACUGAUUUGGGUGCUGCAAUGCCACAGUUUCUUAAUGAGAAACCAACCUACUGAAUGAGAGAAGAGGAGGAGGUGGAGAACAAGGAGAACAAGCAGAAGAAAGGAUCAAAAGUUGUGAAGGACGUUGGCCUCCACAUUUGGGACAGACUUCUGGGUUUCCUGGCCAACGUGAGCAGUUCUGGUUUUAAAUUCCCAUCUUGUGAACAUUUAGCAGUCAGACAAGUGAAGCCUUGCUGAUUCGCAUGGGCUUGUGCUGCCCAGGUUUUUUUUUAAUUUUGCUGUUGGAUAACAAGAGCUUCACAGCAGAACUGUAGCAUCGAACAACUUGCUUUCCCAGUGGUGUGGCCAGGGAAGCACACCUAUCAAUAUUCAAUAAUUUCCUACAUUUUGAAAUGAAGGGAGCUGGGAGGUUUUAGACAUGAAUGUUGAUCCUGGGAAAAGCAGAGGUGCCUUUUUAAAAUGGUACUGAGUUUUAGCACGACUCUUUUAAGUGAUAUAAAUUGCUCACUUGCAGCUUGAACAUGUGGCUGAGUUGACCCUUUUGUAAACCGCAACUAGUGUUGCGGUUGAACAGAGGGAGGCUGACUUUGGUUGCUGUCAUGUGCCAUUUAAGGUGCAUAUUCAAGCCCUCUUUAACAUAGCUAGGAAGAAGUAACCCCAGAGGACAAGGGAACUGAAUACCACUCAUCUGGUCAUGUAAAUGUUUCGCUUACCAAGUACAAAAGUCAAUUUUAACUUUCUCCAUUAAUUCCUUUCCUGCUGAUCAGUGGAAUAAACAUCAAUUAGAUUCAUUUUAAACUG